AUGAAGGCCCAGCUCGCCUCGCUCGGUCUUCUGCUUCUGACCGCCCGCCGCGGACGCUGCGCCGAGGAGCCCUCGUUCAACCGGACAUGCGCGGAGAGCUGCCAGAGCGCCCUCUACCCGAUCCUGUUUACCGACUUCGUCCCCCACAGAGCCCUGGAGGAGCAGAGAUGCAGGAGCAACCUGAGCCUGGCGUCGACCUACCUCUGCGUCGACCUCUACUGCGGCGCCGCGACGCGGCGCCUCGCGUGGACGCGCGAGAACAGCACGUGCGCGGCUCGGUUCAACAUAUCCCUACCGGAAUUUUCACGGUUUGCGAAUUAUACCCGCGAGGAAAUUUCGCGCAUAGCGCGGAUCCGGCGCGGCGAUGCCCUUGGUCCGCAGUUCCCGCGUGGUGAGCCGGUCCUGCCCGCGCCGGAGUACUGUGUCGGUUGGUUCCAGACGCUGAACUCAGGAUGCCUGGCGCUAUUCAAACCUUCAUCACUUCUUAUACGGGUAGAAGCCGUCCUCAUCGUAUCUCCGAGCUCCGUCGCUAACACAUCCCGGCGCAGGGCGGCCGUCAUGGCGUUUUGGGUCCUGGUGGUGGCUUUCGGUUUCCUCCACCGGCUCUACCUAGCAUCCUGCCGCGUAUACUACUCCUAUCCAUCAUUGCAACUAGUGCCGCUGCCUCCUAUUCGAGCCUCGUGGCUGAAGCGUCGGCUCGUCCUGCCCUCGACGUUCGGAUACCGAUGCGCCCAGAGAGUUUGGGGCUGCAGCGUGCCGCCUCGACUGCAAUCGCUGACGAUCCUCACUUUCGUCUCCAUUAACAUAACAUGCUCGUUUAUUGGAUACCGCAUCACACGCGAGAAUUAUUAUUUUGACGAUGUCGUCGAACAAGGGCUUCGCUACGUUUCUGACCGGACUGGCAUUAUGGCCUUUGUAAACUUCCCCCUGAUAUGGCUAUUCGGCAUGCGCAAUAACUUUGCGCUCUGGCUCACGGGAUGGGACUUUGGCACCUACAACAGCUUUCACCGCUGGACAGCACGCGUUGCUACAGUUCAAGCUAUAGUGCACUCUGUUGGCUACACUGUACUUUUGCUGCGCCAAGGCAGCUGGAAUGCCUUGUAUACAGAAUACCUUGAGCCGUACUGGCUGGCUGGUGUCUUGGCUACAAUUUUCAUGUCUCUAAUAAUACCGCUUUCAAAACCUUCAUUACGGAGAUACUCCUACGAAUUAUUUCUUGCCAUCCAUAUUGGCUUUUCAGUUUUGUUGUUAUUUUUCAUGCUCGGCCACGUUUCCAUCUUCGAAGGCCGCUGGAACGGAUUCGUCCGAGUGCCCACCUACAUAUGGAUAUUUGACCGCGUGAUGAGAGCGCUGCGUGCAGCUGCCUUUCGUCCUUUGUCGUGGGGCAGCCAAGCGCACGCUUUAUACUGCCCGGCUGCAGACAUUGUGCAGCUGAGCGUGCGCCUGGAGUGGUAUUCGCUGCGCAAGCCAGACCCGGGCACGUUCUUUUACCUGACGGUGCUAUCAGACGUCCAGUCAAGACUGCAGAGUCACCCGUUCACGGUUGCGUCCGUGGUGACGACGGCCCCCGCCAGCGGCGUGGGGGAGCGCACAGCCUUGCUUGCACCCGUGCAUGACAGUGACGAAACUGCUGAGAUAAAAACUGAUGCUUGCUCAACAUCUGUUGACUUUUUAAUCCGGCCGUAUGACGGGUUCACUGCCCAGCUGCGCGAGCUGGCGCAGGAAGCAAAGUCCUUCAAGGUGCUCGUGGAAGGCCCGUACGGCACGAGCCAUCCGCUCCAAACGUAUAGUCACGUCGUUUUCAUCGUAGGAGGGACAGGCAUCGUCACGCCAAUUUCCUAUCUCCCUUGCCUGAUCCUCGACCCGAAGCGCAAUCCAGACGUGCACCUACACUGGGCAGUUCGCGAGCCCGCGUUCGCGAGCAUGGUCCUAGAUCAGUACCUCGGCGAUGCUGUCAAAUCGGACAACAUCUCAGUGACGCUCCAUGCUUCGCGAUUCGUCAACAUACAGCCCGUAUCAUCCUCCGAGCGCGGCAUCUCGCAGCUCAUGGGCCGGCCCAACGCAGCCGCCAUCAUCGCCGCCGUCGCAGCAUCCGCCGGACAGGGCCGUCUGGCCGUGGUCGCGUGCGGCCCGGAAGGCCUCCUCGACGACGCAAGGCUCGGUGUGGUGCGCGCACUGCAGGCGGCCGCAUGCACGAUAGACUAUUUCCAAGACAGUUUUGCCUGGUAG